CCACCACGAACCAUGAUGCUCAAAUACUUGCUCACCGUGUUGGGUUUCGCCACGUUGAUCUCGGCUUCCGCCUUCACUUUCAACUUGAAGGCCCAAGAGAAGGCAUGUUACUACAUCUUCACCACCAAGCCUAACACCAACGUUGCGUGCUACUUUGCUGUCCAGUCUGGAGGAGACUUUGAUGUCGAUUACGAGGUCAGAAGCCCCAGAGGUGACGUGCUCCAAAGCGAGGUCAAGUCUAGACAGGGUGACUGGGUGUUCAAUGCCGACGUCGUUGGAGAGUACGAGUUCUGCUUCUCCAAUGGCAUGUCUACCUACCACGACAAGGUUGUUGAUUUCGAAAUCAAGUUCGCCGACGAGAACGACGACGAUUUCAGAGCCAACUUACCGGGCCAACCCAACGCUAAGCCAAUUGCUCACGUUGAAAGCAUGCAAAACACCAUCGACAACAUCGACAAACAGUUGGAUGGAUUGUCCAGAACCUUACAAUAUUACAAGACCAGAAACAACCGUAACCACGACACUGUCAAGUCCACCGAAUCCAGAAUCUACUAUUUCUCCAUCUUUGAGGUGAUAUUGAUGGUCGGAAUGGCAUUCUUACAAAUCACUAUUGUUCAACUCUUCUUCAAGGGUUCUAGAAAGCAAUUGGUCUAAUCGUAUAGUAUAUAGUCUGGAGACUAAUAGGAUGAAGAUGAGUUUUCUGUAUCGAUACAGCAGUGUAGAAACGAGGAAGGGGUGGG